AUGGAAUCGAACGUGUUCGUUAGUUUCGUGUGUCUUUCUCUAUGGUUGACAGUGCAUGCAGCGAGCGAUCUAUCUGUUCCAGUUACGGCUUUUGAAUAUGAUCUAUUUCGUUGGCCACACACAACACCGGAAUGCGAUCGUUUUUCUCAAGGAUUACAACAUGAAAAUGUCGAUAAUGAUCCACAAAGUUUUCUCAAAACAGACUGCGAACGGUUUCGACGCGCUCUGGCAUGUUAUGACAGCUUUUAUUCAUCACUAGAUUUGAAUACGGAAAAUGGUCGAGAGACAAAAAAAGAUUUGGACGAGCACAAUAUUGAAUAUCUCAAAAAGCAAUGUGCGAACAUUUAA